CCUGCUGUGCGCCUCUACGUCCCCAGCCCACGGCCACAGAGCCCACCUGAGCCAGGCGUCCCCACCGCAUGGCUGCCAACCCUGCAGCCAGACAGCCCGGACGAGGGCGUGCUGCCCGACGUCUUCUCCAUGCUGCCCCACUUUGCCGACCUCAGCACCUUCAUGAUCCAGCAGGUCAUCAAAUUUGCCAAGGAGAUCCCGGCUUUCAGGAGCUUGCCCAUCGAUGACCAGAUCUCGCUGCUGAAAGGGGCCACCCUGGAGAUCUGCCAGAUCCAGUUCAACACCGUCUUCAACGCACAGACCCAUGCCUGGGAGUGUGGGCAGCACUGCUACACCAUCCAGGAUGGAGCCCUGGCUGGCUUUCAGCAGAUCUACCUGGAGCCGCUGCUCAAGUUCCACAUCAGCCUGAAGAAGCUGCAGCUGCACGAGGCCGAGUAUGUCCUGCUCCAGGCCAUGCUGCUCUUCUCACCAGACCACGCCGGCAUCGCCCAGCGGGACUUCAUUGACCAGUUCCAGGAGAAGGUGGCCCUGACGCUCAAGAGCUACAUCGACUACCGGCACCCCAGGCCUGAGGGCAGGUUUCUUUAGCUGCUGCUGCCGGAGCUGCAGACGCUGAAGGGCGAGAACACGCGGCAGAUCCUCCACAUCCAGGACCUGUCCUCCAUGACGCCGCUGCUCUCCGAAAUCAUCAGCUAG